AUGCAAGCAAUAACUGAUGAGCCGGUUUUUUAUGCUGGAAAGUACCCUGCAUAUAUUAUAAAUGAUAACGAAGAGCUAAUCAAAAAGUCAAUCGAACUUAGUGCUUAAAACUUUUAUUCAAUAAACGAACUUUAAAAACUUAUCUAGAAAAAAUAUGAUGCUCCAUUUGAAGCUUAUCAACAUUACUUUUCUAAGUUAUUUCCUGCCAAAAUCUCUAUAGGUGGAGAGGUUUACGGAAUCAUAGAUCCAGAUAAUGGAAACUUAGUUGCAUGCUUCUCAAUGAACAGAUAUGGUGAUUAAUCUAAGCUCGAAGGGAUGAACUAAGGGAUUGCUGCAGUGCUGGUAGCUAAAUUCGAUGAAAUUUUAAAUGGAAAGUAUAACGAAUAUGCAUCUUUUGGGCACCUAGCUGUGAACUAAGACUACAAAGGUCAAGGAAUUUUUAUGAAAAUGGUCAUGUCUUGGGGAGAGUAUAUCAAAAAAUCAAAACCAAGUUUUAAAGGAAUGGUGACAUUCGUUACUGCUCCUCAAACAAUGAAAUAUUACUUUGAGAAUGGCUGGAAAUAUCUUGGACCACUUGACUAUGAUUCAAUCAUUAUUGAUGGUAAAAAAUUCCUAGACUUUGAAGUUGAAAAUCUCGAUAUUUAUAUUGACAAAGUGCCUGCGUCAUACGUUGUAUGCUAUGAUUUUGUAUCAGAUUAAUGA